AAUUUUGUAACUUUUCAAUCCUCUGCAACCGCACCUGCACCUGCACCUUCUAUCGCGCACUCCUGAAUAGAAGACUUCUCUUCUAAGCAAAAGUUCUCUCUGGUUCUCUCGUCUCUGAUCAACCUGAGCUCAGAAAUUGUCAAAUAUUUGGACGGUGGUUAGCAAAAAAUGGAGAACGCCGACAUUUUCUUAGGAUUGCAAGAUUUUCUAGAGCGUAUGCGCCAGCCUUCCGCUGCUGAGUUCGUCAAAUCCAUUAAAAGUUUCAUAGUUUCGUUCUCCAUCCAUGCUCCUGAGCCCGAAAGGGAUAGUACUGCCGCACAGGCGUUCUUUGCCAAGACGGAAGCUGCUUUUCGAGCUCAUCCGCUUUGGGCUGGAUGUUCAGAGGAGGAGCUGGACAGUGCUGGUGAAGGAUUGGAGAAGUAUGUUAUGACAAAGCUAUUUACCCGUGUGUUUGCUUCACUUCCAGAUGAUGUGAAACAUGAUGAGCAACUUUCUGAGAAGAUGGCUCUUCUUCAGCAAUUUGUUCAGCCUGAGAAUUUGGAUAUUAAGCCAACCUUUCAGAAUGAGACAUCAUGGCUGCUUGCACAGAAAGAGUUACAAAAAAUCAAUAUGUACAAGGCUCCAAGAGACAAGCUUGUGUGUAUCCUCAAUUGUUGCAAGGUUAUCAAUAAUUUAUUGCUGAAUGCUUCAAUUGCUUCAAACGAGAAUCCUCCUGGAGCUGAUGAAUUUCUUCCUGUUUUGAUUUAUGUUACCAUAAAGGCAAAUCCACCACACCUACACUCAAAUUUGUUGUAUAUACAAUGCUAUAGACGUCAAUCUCGAUUAGUUUCUGAAGCAGCCUAUUUUUUCACUAACAUGCUCUCUGCCGAGUCUUUCAUCUCAAAUAUUGAUGCAAAAGCCCUUUCAAUGGAGGAAACUGAGUUUGAGAAAAACAUGGAGUUUGCUCGAGCUCUUUUAUCUGGCCUUUCAACAGAUUUGGAUGGUUUGUCCAGUCAAAUUGACCAAAUUGCUGGACAUGAUCCCCCGGAACCUGCUGAACCCAGAUGUCAAACUCUUGAGGACCAUGCUAUACGACCCAAAUCUUCUGAAAUAAAACCUUCAAGUAUAGAAGAUCAGUCGUCAAUCACUAAAAUUCCAUCAAUAUCAGACUUGGAGAAUAGAGGGGCAAUUAUGCUUCUGAAGGAGGCUCAGGCGAGCAAAGUGUUUCGAGAGCACCCAUACAUGUUUGCUCACGCUGGUGACUUGACUAUCAAUGAUGUUGAAGACCUGCUAAGUAACUAUAAACAACUCGUGUUCAAGUAUGUUUGUCUUUUGAAAGGAUCGGCUGGUGGUUCUGCAACUUUUCCUUUGUCCGGUUCACAAGCUCAAGCUGAACAACAUGUUGGAAUAGUGAAGGAAACUGAAGGUAAUAGAAUGAUAGAACAAAAUAUUGGGUUGCAAAACGAUACCAACAGGGUGGAUGAUGAUCCAAAUGGAGUUUCUAAUCAAGAAAAUAUCAAAUCCAACUUCCCAAAGGAAGAGGCCAUUGCAUCCUCAGAGGGCAACCAUGAUGACACCUCUGAACAAUAGCUGAUUGGAAAAUAUUUUUUCUGGAUCAUGUUGGUCCUUUCAAUGUAGCUGUAACCAAUCCACUAGGGUUUUUUGUUUCCAAUUGAUGCCGUGAAUGGAAUGAUGUCGUAAGUUGAAAUCAAAAGGCAAUGGCGGACCAUCUUUUUAACCUUGAACUUAAAUGACAGAACAUUUAGCUGUCUAAAGAGAGAGAACCCAGGAAAGGUGGUGAGGUUAGCAUUUGGUUUGAGAAUUCAUCAUGCCUUAUAAAUGUAAAAUUUUUUUUGCAGUAAGUGCCUUGGUCCAACUCAGCAAGGCGUUGUUCCAGCACAAAUACAUGAUAGGUGCGAUUCCUGUAUCAUCUUUGUACACUAUGUUUUUGUUUCUGAAAAGUAGGAAGAUUUAAACUUGGAACUUAUGUUGUGAAGCAAGGUGUGGCAACCUUUUGAAUUAUAGACCAAUAAUGCCCUUUUU